AUGCGAGACGGCUCUAUACCGGGGCCCAGCGCUGGCUCAAAUGAGCACGACAAGAAUUUUGAAGAUGGCAGCUAUGAGGAACUCGCAGCGCUAAGAUCUCUUCUCCACUUUCCUGAAGAAGUCGCUCUACGGCUUACUGAUACUGAAUAUAAAUUAUUUUAUCAGGUACCACCUAUAGAUUACCUACGUCAAGUGACACUGAAUCUGGGAGGCGAGGGAGUACUGGGCGCGGUGAGCGAACGUCAAAUGAUACGACGCGCACCCCCCACACACACACCGCAAGCACGGAGCACUGUCAGGACUCUCAUCAGGAGGUUUGACGAGGUAUCAGCGUGGGUGACGGAGUUGAUGCUCUCCGCGCUUCCAGAAGAGAGGAAGGCGACACUCGCCUGCGUGCUGCGAAUUGCCCUCACCUGCUGGAACAUUGGCAACUUCAACGGCGCUAUGGAGAUUGUCGCUGGACUUAAGUCUAAGAAGCUGAAGGCAUUCUGGUUCACGGUAUCCGAUGAGCCACUUCCAAUUCUCGACUUCCUCUCCGCAGCACUGCUUUCUGCGGAAUACGAGCGAGCCCUGGGCCGAGCACUAGCUAUGCCUGAAUGUAGAGUCAUACCAUUUUUUGGAGCUUUCCUUAGGAAAUUAAGAGAAAUUCUAGCUACGACGCCAUCUUUGACCAGCACUCAUUCUGUUACAUCAACACCUACUCCAACACAUAGAAGAGAUUUCAAAAGAGAAUCACUAAAAGAAGAAAGAAAAGAUAGCAGAAGGGAAAGUAAGAGAAAUGAUCAGAGUACCACAACAAGUCCAAUAGGAAGCAGUGGUAAACGGGACCCGAGACUUACCGAGAGCGACAGACAAGUGUACAUAGCAUCAUUCGAUGAGGAAGGUGAACAGGAACCGGGUUGGAGACGCGUCGGUCCCGAAGGUCUAGUCAACUUGGAGAAAGUCUACCGGACGCAGGCGGUAAUGGAUCACAUUGCGAGCAUACACCAGCACAGAUACGCACUCGCCAGGACCACGCAGCCGGUCUUCGGGGAUUACUUAAGAACAGCAAUCGCCACAUGCGAGGAGCCAGUCUUCGCACCCUCACAGAAGACCAACGGGGGAGAAUUUGAAAACGAGGCUCUGUACGAGCUGGAAGGGGGCGGAUAUUGUCCCGUGCAACCGCUGCCUCACGACCACGGCGUCACCAUGUUCCCCCUCGCGCCUCAGAACGGAGAAAGGAUGGACAGACAUGUGCUACAGAUUAUGCAUCACGGCACCUCUUGUGUGGUAGGAGAGGCGGAAUGGAACGGGACAUUUGCACAUCUCAGAUUAGAACGAGCUUGUGCUUUAUUGACCUGGUGUAGGACAGCACAUAGACCACAAUCACAACAUGGUGAAACCCCAUCAGAGAACAUACAGCAACCAGAAAUAAAUCUCUCUUACAACCCUGAAGAAGUUAUACCCAUCAAAUACACAGCGCAUCUCGCUCAUGAGAACGAAGCUGGAAUUGUUGGGGAUGAGGGUUUCAUAGACCUGCAGUGCGUCAAAGACAUGCGGUUGGGCGGGAAACUAUUAGAGCCGAGAGAUGUCGCUGAUUUAAUAUCCUGUGGAAAGAGACAUGGAUUAGAUGAUUGCGGAAAUUCACGGAUAAUUACUUUAGUGUAUGGAAGAACUUUGAGCGAUAACAGAAUUGUGCAUUUCUUAUUACCGAAUUAUUCAUAUAGGGUAUGGGCAGUGGGUCUUCACGCAGUGAUCAGAGCGCUGAUGACGCAGACCAAGCUUGCAGACCGGAGCCUCGCCUGGCUGAAGAAUAAGUACACCGCAUUGUAUUAUGAAGAUAAUUGUUGCUGUGAACCUGUUGUAUCUGACGCUAUAAGGGUAUUUGGUGGUAGAGAAUCUGCGUGUGCUGUGUCAUCCCACUCAACACCAGUUAGGGGAGCAUACAAUGACUCACAUUCCGACUCACUAAGAACUUCUGCGAUCAAAUUCAAGAAAAACAAAUCAACAUCUGAAUUGAAGAGUUCACCUAAGAAUUAUGGCGCGUUUUCUGGCCUCAGAGAAGACGAUAUUCCUCAGGGAUCACCUAGACACAGUUCUUACUCAGCGGCAGCUGGUCACCACCAGCAUUGUGCACCUCGACACAGCAGUCUUACCACUGCUGCUACCACCAUCAUGUCAGGCUCACCCAAUAGGAGCAGUCUACGAAGACUAGAAACCAGUGAGAGAUUUUGGGAGCAUCUGAAGAAUUUACGGACCGGUUCAGUUAAUUACGACACACAAUUAGACUUUAUUGAUUUCGUCGCAUUAUUCAGAAGUUUUAGUUUAGUAAUGCGAUCUGAAUUACGAGACGUAUUCGAACAGUUAGCAGUCCCACGGCCACGUUGCCCACUGCUUGGCGCUGAGAAGAGCCGGAGUUCACCGGAGCUGUUCCGCAGCAAAACUGCUUUCAGAACAGGCCUACUAACAAGAAACGGAUCUUUAGACCUUGACCCGCCGAGUGAUAAAGCCAGCAGGAAGAAAGAUUUUGAUCUGUUAGCAGCUGCAGCACUACCAGGUUAGUUUGAAACAUGUCCAGAUGUGAGCGGUCGCGUCCUCUCUCUACCGACAUUGGGAAAGUUCUGCGAGACACGACAGAACGAGCCGAAGAACGAACAGCAACUGAAAGAUAUUAUACAAAGACAUGAACCAGACCCAUCUUUAAGAGCUGAAAAUUGUCUAUCAUUCGUGGGUUUCGUCCGAUUUCUGACUGACAAAGAUAAUUACGCGUUCGUUCCUGAACAGAGAAGGCAGCAAGUCAACAGCUAUUUUGGGAAACCAGCUCAAGAAGAGGAAGAGAGGAGCAGAUCAAUAUCAAGACAAAUGGAGGGACCUUUGAGUCAGUAUUACAUAGCAAGCAGUCACAACACAUAUUUGACUGGACAUCAACUUAAAGGAGAGUCUUCUGUGGAACUAUACAGCCAAGUGUUGCUAACAGGCUGCAGAUGUGUAGAACUGGACUGCUGGGACGGAGACGAUGGCAGUCCUGUUAUCUAUCACGGGCAUACCUUCACCACUAAAAUACCUUUCAGAAGAGUAGUGGAAACUAUUGCCAGGAGCGCGUUCGUUACAUCUCCGUAUCCUUUGAUAUUAAGUAUCGAGAACCAUUGCAGUUUACCACAGCAGCAAGUCAUGGCCAGUACAUUUGAGGCAGUGUUCGGAGAGCAGCUGGUGACGUCAUUUCUAUUUGAAGUCGACUACACGGAUGAACCGAGGUUACCCAGCCCAGAACAACUCAAAUAUAAGGUGCUGAUAAAAAACAAGAAGCUUCUACCAAUAGAAUCAAGUCCUACAAUCGGAUUGACGGGCGCCAGUUCUGCGCAAGGAUAUGGAGGUGUUCUGGCCACGGCUUUCAGGUCUAAUGGCAUCCGUCAUACUAGCGCCUCCCUUCCGGAACAGAGCAACCGCACGAGUUCUAUAAUGUCCAACCAAUCAGCAGGCAGUUCUCUCACUGAGUACUUCUCUGAUGAAGAUUAUGAUGAAGACGAUGAAGAUAUUGAUGAAAAGGAACUCCACAAGAUUCUAAAUUCAAUGGAAGAGAAAGUUGGCCGAACGUCUCUCUCGUUCUACCAGAGCUUACGUAGGAGUGAGGGGGACGGUGAUACUGGAGGGAGUAUCAAGCAUGCCAAUAGAAAGAGGAGCAAUCAAAUAGCAAGAGAACUCAGUGACAUGGUCACUUAUGUACAGGCGAUAAAAUUCCGCGGUUUAAACCCAUUGUCACCGCGUAGUUCAGUAAAGCACGUGGGAGGUGUGGGGGCCGCGGGUCGACACGUGACCGACACCAGCGCCCCCGCUAGCAGCUUUGAGUCCUCAGAGAGCAGCGAGAGUACUGCCACGCAAAUAGCUCAAUCCCAGUCGGCGACGCCGCGCGCACGCUGUCUCAACGCCCCCGCAGUGCACCAUCCUUGCUACCGCUGCUCCUCCAUCAACGAGGCCAUGGGUAGGAAGAUCUGCAGGAAACAUCCGCUUGCGUUGAUAGCACAUACGGAGACGCAGCUCGUCAGGACUUAUCCCGCCGGCCUAAGAAUAGACUCCUCAAACUUCGACCCGGUGACAUUCUGGUCUUGCGGUGUGCAGCUGGUGGCACUUAACUACCAAACUGAGGACGCGGCGAUGGCUGUCAACGCGGCCAUGUUUGAAGGACACGGCUGCGCGGGAUUUGUACGCAAGCCGCGCGUCAUGUGGGACCCAGGACACAUUGCAUAUAGGAGAUUCAAUCCAAUGGAUAAAGAGUUUGAUGGCAUCCACGCAGCCCAUCUCACUCUAGCGGUUAUCUCCGGCCAGUAUGUAGCUGAGAAUGUGUACUCUUUCUACAAUGCGUUCGUCGAAGUCGAAGUACUGGGUGUACCAGCUGACUGCAAGAAGAUAAGAACCAAAGUGGCGAGAAGAAAUGCUCUUAAUCCAGUCUGGAAUGAGACGUUUAAUUUCAAGAUAAACUUCCCGGAGCUGGCAUUUGUUAGAUUCGAGAUCUACGACGCGGACACCAACUACAUGUUGUCUCAGCGAGUCAUUCCCCUCCAUUGCCUCCGGCCAGGGUACAGACAUGUCAGGUUACGGUCACCAACGAACCAGCCAUUAAACAUGGCGUCCCUGCUGAUCUUCUCGCGCUGCAGCGAGGAGUCUGCGGGCGAGAGUUGGCGCGGGGAUGCCGAGCCUGGUUCACCACGUCAGCGCAGACGGAUACACUUCUUGGUUGUGUACGCGGUGGCACGUCACGAGCCUUACUCUAUACUUAAAGUGACGCAAGAUACCACGGCUAAUGAGGCGAUAGCACAGUGCCUUACAAAAGGCGGUGUAUGCCGCUCAGCACGAGGCAGCUAUGUCCUAGUCGAGGAAGUGGCAUCCCGGGCGCCGACGCAGCGCGUGCUGGGCCCGCACGAGCGAGUGCUGAGAGCGGCCACAGCUCGGCCAGCGGCUCGACUGCUGCUGAAGAGGGUGGGAGAUGAUCCCAGCAGUAGAGCAUGGUUGACUAGUAUACGGUCAGCGUCUACUGAUAGGCCACAGGAACGCUCGGUGCCUUCAGACGAGGAGUCCAGUACACAGGAAGAGGAACCUCGUCGACCUGACAGCUUCCUUGUCUGCGUGCACAACGUCUCACAUGAGAUACCCUACGCCAUACUUAAGGUACCCCUGAGUGCUACUGCUUCAUACGUGGUGUACCAGGCGUUGACUAAAGCGAGAUGUCACGACGAUCCUAAGAGGUUCGUACUGGUAGAGGAGUUGGAAUGGGGCGGUCGAGCUGGUGCUGGUCCACAACAACGCCCUCUAGCUGAUGAUGAAGUGGUGUACGCCGCUCAGGCUAGCUGGAAGACGCUGGGCAGGUUCGUGUUGCAGGAGAAAGGCAGCAGCGCGCCGUUGCCGCGACAUCGCGCCGCCAUCGCGCGGAUACAACGCGGAUUGAGCAUCACUAGGGGAGCUAUCACUGGUACGUCGACAUUUCCUCUGGGCUUAAUUUCAAGUGACAACACAGUCAAUGAAGGCAAAAUGCCUGUCACUACUGCAUACAGCGACCCCAUACAUUGCAGAAGAGUAUCAUCAUCACCGUUGGGUAAAGGUAUCGCUCGGGCAAAGGGUCACUCUGAUAAAGACAUUCGCUCCUUCAUUAGCCGAAGAUCAUCAAGAGAGGUACACUCUGAGGGCGAAGCGGGGCCCGGUGUGGGCGCAGGGGGCGCAGGCUCGCUGGGCGCGGAGGCGCUGGCGGCUCAGAUGGCGCGCUUCAAGAGACUCUCUUUGCGGAAACUGCGAGCGUGGCGAUCCUGAGUGUGGCAGGUAAUACGUCGUCUCGGCACCAGUCUGGCGAACCAUCGGGCCUCACUCUCCUCCGAGUUGGGCUCGCUUUGG